AUGUCUCAAACACCUGGCGUUCUUUGGGAUCGAAGAAUAAAUCGCGGUAUUAACCCCUAUGCGGGCAAACCACAACGCAUUCGCAGAAACAAUCAAAGCGGUGCAGGAUUGCCGAAUAUGCCCAACCCUGGCGAUCUAUUACAACGCGCCGUUACAGACGCUGUAGUAAAUGGGAAAAGAUAUGCGGCAAGACAGGCAAAAAGAGCAAAACGAUUAAAAACAAGAACAAGACGUGCAAACGCGAAAAUUAUAAUGCAAAAAAAAAGAUCGAUCAGAAAGCAAGAAGGAGGUCGUGUACGGCGAAAACCUGUUAAUCAUAUGCCUGUAGUCUAUCAAUAUCAUCAAUAA